AUGUCUCAACCCUCACAACCACACCAGCUCAUAGCCUCAAUCUCGGAAUUUGUCACAGAAUGCAUGAAAGACUUCGAUCCCAGCCACAACCCCCAACACAUCCAACGCGUCGUGAACCUCGCCCUGCGAAUCCUGAGGUCCGAAAAAGCAGAGACAAAGGCAGGGGCCCGAAUCGAUGAGCUCACUGUGCAUCUAGCAGCCCUGCUGCACGAUAUCAGCGAUAGAAAGUAUCUUCCCAAAGAGGAUCCAGCGGGGUCGGACAAUACGGCAAUCCCGCCGCAUAAACUAGUGGAGCAUAUUCUGCGCACGCAUGGAGCGGAUCCAGCUCUCGCGGGCAGGGUGCAGACAAUUGUCUCGCAUGUCUCGUAUACGACUGAGUGCAAGGACCCCGGGGCUGUUAAAAGGUUGAUUGAGGAGGAGGGGUACGUUGAGCUGGCGAUUGUGCAGGAUGCAGAUCGGCUGGAUGCCCUUGGUGCGGUGGGUAUUGGGCGGUGUUUUAGUUUCCUUGGGGCGAAGGGGAGGGAUAUGCUCAAGGAAGGGGAGUUGUGGGAGAUGGAAAAUUCGAUCCGGCAUUUUGGUGAGAAGUUGGAGAAGCUGGAGGGGAUGAUGAAGACGGGGACAGGGAGGAAAAUGGCGAGGGUGAGGACGGAGAGAUUGGCCGAGUUUCGGAGAUGGUGGGAGGAAGAGAUUGAGGAGGCUUCUGUUUAA